AUGGCGGAAGAAAGCGGCGAGACAAAGCCAUUUGAAAACAACUUCGAAUUCUGGGCAGACAAGGCCAAUUACGAGAAAGACACAUGUUUGAAGCUCAAGAAAAUCAGGAGAAAAGUGUCGAUCCCACCUUCGUACAUGGGAAAUUUGAAAUCUGCUUGCACCACGAUCCUCAACAAAAGCCUAACAAAAUACGAUGCUGAUAUAAGCGGAACUUUGGUUGCCUACAACGACAAGUCCUUCAAGUCUGUUGAACAAACGGUCUCCUUGAAAAAUCGUCCGGGAGAGGCGUAUUUGAAUUUCACCUUGGAAGUUGACGUCGUUAUUUUCAGCCCCGAACCUGGGUCUUUUCUCAGAGCUGUCUGUAAAGAGAAUCGGGAGACAAACAAAAGCCACACGGCUCUCUUGGCGAUGGAUACAUUCAACUGCGUCCUCUCGCACUUGAAUGAAGAAGGAAUAAAGAGCGAAGAAAUAAGCGUCGAUCAAUGUGUACGAUUUGAAGUGGAAAGCAUCGAAAUUGAUUGGAACGGAUUGCUGAUGGUCAAAGGAAACUCGCAGUCAAUGUCGGGCGAAGAUAAAGAGUAUGAUAUUUAUCGAGACUCGCUGCUUAGAUACGCGGGAUAUGCAAAUGAAGUCGGCGAGGCAUUUCGAGCACAGACCGCCAAGUACACCGUAGGCGGUUUCAACGGGCCAGUUUCACUGACUUAUGCAAUUUCUGUUGGGUACUGCGCUGCUGAUGCUUACGAUAAAUACAAGAAAACCGGUAAGUUUACCGGUUUCGUAGACGCUCUCGGAUGGCAAUUAGCCGCUUCGGUCAUCAUUCCCGGCUUCACAAUUCACCAAGUUUGCCAUUACUCCGGCCUUGGUCUGGCAAAGACCCUACCCAAAGUGCCUCUUCCACGCCGUCAACUGAUGGUCUCUGCCAUCGGCCUCGCAACAAUACCCUUCAUCAUUCACCCAAUUGAUCACGCAGUCGACUGGGCCUUCGACAAGUUUCCAAGAAAAUAUCUCUACACUCUUGACUAG